CAUACAUACCAAAGUGGUAAUUAAAGUUAAAAUGCUGGGAAUUAAUGGAUACAACCCAAAAUAUUGGUAUACAAAACCGGGUGCUGUAUACGUGAAUUCAGGCAAUCAAAACUUACCCGCGCACGAUCUAGACUUCCAUAUUUUAUGCAAAAGGAUGAUGAUUGCUAUUAAAUGUGCUAAAUCACCUGUUGAGAGAAGUCCUGUACAAGGAGCGUCAGUAGAUUCACUCGAUCGAUUUUGGUACUUUGCAGGCGUAUACACAUUUCCGAAAAGGACAUGUUUGCUUUGUCUCCCGUACCCAUGACCAACCGCAGACAAAGCUGUUUCGUACUCAUUGGCAACUCAUCAGUGCGGUAUAGGUCUAGCCAUAGAGACACAAUAAAUCUUUUCUUAAAUCAUUGCUUUUAUGUUCCUGCCAUGUAUUUAGAAAAAAUAAUACGCAAAAAUAUCGUGACAAUUAAUUUAUUGUUUGUUUAGCUCCAGUUAUAACUUAAUUCUGCCACAACCUAAGUACUUUAUCCUUUCCACCUGAGGCAACUUUCAAUCCAUCAGUUGACCAAUCAACUGCG